AUGGUUGUCUUCAUUGACCAGAUCACUAGCCAUCUUUCUUCUGCCAUCUCCAAUAAACAGGACAAUUACCCCCCUGUCAUUAGAAAUGCUUGUCGUGCUGGACUUCAUAUCACAAAUAAGUACUAUACUCUGACAGACUGCUCACGGUUAUAUUGGGUCGCUAUGGUAAACUGA